ACUCACUGUAGUUGUCUUUCUUUUUUUCAGUAUUGGAUGAAUGAAUAUACCUCUUCCCUUGGCAUUGGAGUCUUCCAUUCAGGGAUAGAGGUGUAUGGUAGAGAAUUUGCUUACGGUGGUCAUCCUUACCCUUUUUCUGGCAUAUUUGAAAUUUCUCCAGGAAAUGCUGCCGAACUAGGAGAAACAUUUAAAUUUAAAGAAGCAGUAGUUCUAGGCAGUACCGACUUCAUGGAAGAUGACAUAGAAAAAAUUGUGGAUGAGCUUGGGAAAGAAUUUAAAGGAAAUGCCUACCAUUUAAUGCACAAAAACUGCAAUCACUUUUCUUCAGCUUUAUCUGAGAUUUUAUGUGGGAAAGAGAUUCCACGGUGGGUGAAUCGCCUUGCCUACUUCAGCUCUUGUAUACCAUUUCUCCAAAGCUGCCUGCCGAAGGAAUGGCUGACUCCUGCAGCACUGCAAUCUAGUGUAAGCCAGGAGCUGGAGGAUGAUCUGGAGGAAGCAGAGGAUGCAGCAGCAUCAGCUGUCCUGUCAAGCUCAGCAUCUGGGUCUAGAACUGGACGUCAUGCCAGACCAUAAAUCUUUCCUCGAAGUAACAGAUGGGUCAAAACAUUUGUUUUAAUAUCUCCAGCACCUGACGUCGUUACAGAACAUCAGAGAGCUGAUUCUGAACAUUCCUUUUGUAUGCAAAAAAGGCUCUCUCCAAUUCUUGUUAUUUCAGCUCAGGAUUAUAUAUGCAGUGAAACGAAUCGCUGGGAGAAAGGGGAAGGAUCUUGUGUGAAGCCACCCUUUUCAUUUUCACCUAGUUGGCAAAACUUGGAUUUACAUAGCAGAUCUUAUAUAAAACAAAACUUAAGUUAUUUGUUUACAGUAUUGUGUACUGCUGUUUACAAGUCCUGUAUGGACUCCUGCCACCAUGAAAGAAGAGAAAUUCAGAGCUCAGUUCAUCCCUGGUGCAACCCAAAUCCAAAGCAGUGGAGUCAUGCUGGGGAUAAAUUUUGCCCGAAGUCUUCAUGAUUUAGGCAGGCAAACUUUCAACUUCUGAUGGUUGCCAGAAAUUGCUGAACACUAUGUCUGUGAACAGGGUACUAUAUACUUAAAGGGGCUAAGAUAAAGAGAUAGAAUGUAGGCUAUAGGGAGACUGGCUUUAUGAGUAACUGAGAUGUUACUUAAAGUAUGACCUCUAUGUUAACUAAAUUGUAGGUUUUUGCACAUAUGGAAGGAAGUUUAUAUUUCAUUACGUGAUGCAUUUACCCCUGCACACUCAUUUCUUAGUUUUAAUAGAUGCUACACCACCUUCCUCCAUUAAAUCUUGUUUGAAGCAGGCAUAUAGAAAGUCAUUUUGACUGUCACCCAUUUGAACAAAAUCAUUAAAUUGCACUGCUUAGUUUAUUUAACUUUAUUUCAAUUAAAUAAGUUGAUACUUUGAGUUGCUUUAUAGAUUCCCUUUCUUUCAUUCAUGUACCACAGAAACAAUGUAAUACAAGACCUGGUUAGGGGUUGGGAAAGGCAAUACUCCUUGUAUUCACAGUUCUGCUUGAGCUUUUUGUAAUAAUCCCUACCUCCUAAAAACAAAAUGCAGAUUCUUGUACAACUGCAAAAAUAUUAGAGAAUAUUUGCUUUUCUGUAUCUCCAUCUAUGGCAUUAACUUUUUUGUCAAAUGCAGUGAAAGCAAGAAACAUGAAGGUUACAUAUGCACGUCCAUAUUUACACAGCAGAACCCUACACAUCUACAAAUUAUCAUUAUGCUUCUCAGGCUAGCAGAUCCAAGAUUUCAUUAUUUUGGAAAAUAUGACAGUUUGGUGGUACAUGAUUAUAAUUGGAGAAUAAUAUGAAAUGCCUUACUCUUGUACAGUUCACCUACAGGUUUUUUAGAAUUAAAUAGUAACUUUACAACGGCUCUUCUAGUCAUCUAUACAGAUGUGGUAAGGUUCUGCUGUGCCUAUAAAACCAUAAUAGCACAAACCCGGGAGCGAGCUCCUGAUUUUUAUAGGACUUGCUGCCUUAAUGAUCUUUCAGAGAACUAUUUAAAAAAAAAACAAAAAACCUAAAACAACCAGAACACCAUUUUUAAAAUGAGCAGCUCAGACAGAAAUCUGUAUUACAGAACUCAAACAAUUCUUUAAAAGUUUUAUUUGUCUGUUGCUAUGUUCACCAAGUGAAAUAUCUGUGGUUUUAAAAUAAGGGUGUUUUAAUAACCUAAGUGAAAAAUGCUGACUCAGUAGAUUCUGCUAUUAAUCAAGCUCUCGGUUGGUGAGAGGAGAUAAUGCUGUAGGUUAUGAAUAUCAACCUUAGGCAAGCAAUGCCACUUAAGCUCUCACAAGUGCAGAUUAGGCUGUGUUCUCUGUACAGCCUCCAUGAUGGCCCCACUGAUUCCUGUCGAAGUUGGUGAAAGUGUUGUUGCUGGCUUCAGUAGCAGGUCAGUUGGGCUCGCCAGUAAACAAUUUGCAAACAAACUGUAAUUGCUUAACAGAACAUUGGGCUUUUCUUUUGAGGUAAUAUAGUAAAGUGGAGAGGGGAAAAAGAAGCCAGGUAAAAUAGCUUGUUAAAUGUGUGUUCAGUUCUAAGAAAUCAAACUAGAUGCCAGAUGAGGCUGUUUCUAGGAGUAACACAAGAUAUUAUGACGUCUUACUUAAAUGAGUAGUUUCUUGUUACGUAUUUACUAAAUCUUUGGAUAAAUAACAAGUGGAUAUUUGAGACUGCUUAUUAAAUCUCUGGUAACUCCAAUUUCCCUUGGUUGCUAGUCAAAGUGUGCUUAGCCAUCAGAAGCAGAUGUAUUAACUUUCCACACAGAUUUAUUUUCAUAGGAAAUUCUGAGUAAAGUUCAGUCUAACUUUCCUCAUUGAAAAUGAAUGUGGUGGUCUCCAGUCAGUUAUCAAAGAUAAAUGGAAGUAAAUUGAAUGCUACAUAAACUUAAAACAAUAGCAUGUAGAUGCUGUUUCUGCCUUAGCUGUAGAACAGAGGUGGUAAAAUUACUUAAGUCCCUUGGCCAAGGCAGGUCCUUACUCUUCAGCUCAGGGUUGAGGCCACUGAUGAAUUUUAAAUCUAGCAAUGUACUGUAGCUUUUCUUAGGUUUUGAAGAGACACUAGUUUUCAUUGCUACCUAACCUUUAUGUACCAAAAUCAGAUUUUUAGGCUUCUGAGCUAUCCAGAGUGCUAUGUCACAAACCUCUACAUUUUCCUAAAUAGACGCAACUUACAGCAUGUACAAUGCAAGAAACAAAAUGACAGAUCACAGCACAGUUUUUAUUUAGAAGUAGUAAAACAAAGAAUAUUUUUUAUAAAGCAGACUGGAAAGUUUGUUACAAACAAUGCUCGUUUUAUCUGUAGUUGUGUAGGUGAAGAAAAUGUCUUUAUGUUGUGAUGUUAUUUCAAGCCAUCCAUUCAUUUAUAAAAAGUAUGAAGGAACUGACAUCUGAACCCUGAAGCUUAUUCCCUAUUGUAUCAUGAGGUGAUGGUACCAUAGCUUAUGAUGAUCACGGGCUGUUAACUCAGUCUCCACUUGAUGCCUAAAAGAAACCACCCUGCCAGUGGUUGCUCUCAUUUGUUAGCAAUAGUGCAAGUUACUUUUCACCAGCAUUACUGUCAAGCAGGGGAUGACAUUUUUAGUCUACUAAUGACCACACUGUGCUAGGACUAGACCACUCCAAAAUGCUGUGAGAAUGCUGGACACUUGUGGAGUUUUUCCAUCACAAGACGGGUAGAAAAAUAAGUCACUGCUUCAGGGUUCUAACUCUGUUUACUUUCUCAUCCUUCUUUGAUUUUCUGUAAGGUACUACUUUUGAUACGUGCUGUAUUUUCUUUAAUUAUGAAAAUCUUUAUUUAUUUAAGAUGCCAUUUUGUUUUGUUCAGCAAGCCAAAAAAAUCAAUAUACUGUCAGUGUGCACCAAGAACUUCAGAAUAGUUUGGUAAAAAUGCAGUUGGAUUAAUUUUUAAAACUAGCAAUGCAAUUCUAAUCACAGUUGAUGCAUGGGAAUUUUCACUGUUGGAAGUUGGUUACAAGGUGUUCAAUCUUCACUGACACAUAUUUUUGUAAACUUGAAUACAAGUUUACUGUAAUUCAUAGUAUUUGUAUAAAAUUCAAAGAAUUUUGACUUUUGUUACCUUGACAUGGCAACAAGCUAUCAUGUUAAACUUAAAUCCAUUGAUUUAUUAAAAAUACUUUUAUAAAAGCUGCUUGCUGUUGAA